CUUGCACUCCCGUCGUCGGGCAUACCAUUCAUUGUUCCUGCGGCUGUCAUCUCCCACGCCUCUCGAGCUUAUGGCGAAAUCGAUUCGCGAGAAAGUCCAGGCUCUCCGCGUCGCCACCGACGAUGCGAGAGACCAAGCUGACGAAUCAAAAAGGCUCCUCAGGGAGGUACUAGACCGUGAGCACGAACUCGAGAACAAGAAAAAGCAACUGCAACGCAAACUCAAGCUAACAGAAGACGACCUUGAUCGCAUCGAGUCGAGCAGCGACGACAAAAUCGAGCGACUCGAGAGAGACCUGGAGAACGCAAAGCGACGCGCAACAGAAUCUGAGGCGAGGGCGGAAGAGCUCGAAGCCGAAAUCGACGAGAUGGAAGCACAGCUAGCGAAGGACAAGUGCGAGUACGAUGAGGUGAAGCAGGAUUUCGAAGAGACAUUGCAAGAACUGAACGCUCUAUAGGGACAUAGUGUAGUCGCUUGCGAGCUUGUGCUGCAUGUUUCUGUUUGACACGUAAGUGUGUAUUACUACUGUUUCUGUCCUCGAAUCGGCUUGUGCUGUUGGACUUUUGGACACUAAUUUUUGUAGCUGUUAGCGAGCUGCGAUGAAUGGAGAGCGCGUGGAAUGCGACGCCGGACGACUUCCGGUUUUGUGGAUCUGU